AUGUCCUUCCUCAACCAAGACUUCGGCGAUGACUCUGGCGAGGAGGAUGAUUUCAACCCCGCCCCUGCCGUCGCUUCGGAUGACGAAGGCGACAACAACGACCAGAGACAGGACAACCAGGAUGACGAUGACGAUGUCCAACCCAACCCUCGCCGUUCAUCUGCCCAAGACGAAGAAGAGGACGACGAUGCUGUCCCGAGCAGGAGUCGCGUAAACAACCAUGACGAUGAUGAAGACGACGAAGAAGAUGAAGAGGACGACGAAGAGGAUGAGGAGGAUGAAGACAUCGGCCGACAACGCAAACGCCGCCGCAGAGGUCCCCGUAACCAGUUCCUUGAUGAGGAAGCCGAAGUCGACGACGAAGACGAGGAGGAGCCCGAUGAAGACGAUGAGGUUGUUGGCGAGGAAAUGCACCCUGACGACUUGCUCGAGCUUCCCGCAGGUGCCGAACGCGACGACCGCAAGCACCGUGAACUCGACAGACAACGCGAUCUGGCUGCUAGCAUGGAUGCCGAAAAACAAGCCCAGGCCUUGAAGGAGCGCUAUGGAAGAAACAGAGCCGCCAAUGUCGAUUCAGCCGUCGUGCCCCAGCGCCUACUGCUUCCCAGUGUCGACGAUCCGCACAUCUGGCGCCUCAAGUGCAAGCCUGGCAAGGAGCGAGAAGUCGUCUUUGCCAUCAUGAAGCGUAUUGAGGAUCGCGCAGGAACAAGAGAGCCGUUGCAGUUGAUUUCAGCCUUUGAAAGAGGUGGUGUCAUGUCUGGAAACCUCUACUGCGAAGCCAGGGUUGUCGAGGAUGUCACAACUGCUCUCGAGGGGCUUCAAAACGUCUACAUGGGCACCAAGCCCAUGAUGGUCCCCAUUACCGAGAUGCCCGAUCUGCUCCGUACUCGCAAGAGCAAAUCUCUCGAGCCUGGCAUGUACGUCCGUGUCAAGCGCGGUAAGUACGCAAACGACCUGGCUCAGAUUGACGAAGUCGAAUCGAACGGUACGGAAGUCACGCUUCGACUUAUUCCUCGUCUGGACUAUGGUUUGAACGACGAUGUCAAUGCAGCUGCCGACAACAAGCGCAAACGCUUUGGCUUCGGUGCAAAUACUGGUCCUCGCCCUCCCCAGCGUCUGUUCAGCGAGAACGAGGCAAGAAAGCGUCAUGGCCGUUACCUGACAAAGGGCACUGGCUUCACCGCAAACACCUGGACCUACAUGAACGACACCUAUGUUGACGGCUUCCUCAUCAAGGAUUACAAGGCCAACCACCUGCAGUCCGAGGACGUCAACCCCACUCUGGAGGAGGUUACCAAGUUCGCCGCUGAUGCCGAGGAUGGAACCGAAAACCUGGAUCUCUCCGCUCUCGCUGCUACCAUCAAGAGCAACAGCUCUGGCGCUUUCCUCCCUGGUGACCAUGUCGAGAUCUGGCAAGGUGAACAACGUGGUGUUGUCGGAAAGGCUGUCUCAGUACAUUCCGAUAUUGUGCGCAUCCUGGUUUCAGCUGGUGAGCUUGCUGGUCAAAUUAUCGAAUCUCCGGUCAAGGGCCUACGUAAGCUCUUCAGAGAGGGUGACCACGUCAAGGUCAUAGGUGGCAGCAAGUACUUCGAUGAGGUCGGCAUGGUCGUCAAGAUUGUCGAAGACCGUGUUACAAUCCUGACUGACUCGAAUCAAACCGAAAUCACUGUCUUUAGCAAAGACUUGCGUGUCGCCACAGAUUCUGGUGGUCAGGUUGGUGUUGGCAAGUACGACCUACACGAACUUGUUCAGCUUGAUGCAUCCACCGUGGCUUGCGUGAUCAAGGUCGAUCGCGAGUCUCUCCGUGUGCUCGACCAAACCGGCACAGUCAGAUCCCUUCUUCCUUCUAACAUCUCCAACAAGCUCGAGCGCCGCAAGAAUGCCGUCGCCACUGACCGUGAAGGUUCCGAGAUUCAUAUCGAUGAUACCGUCAAGGAAGAGGGUGGUGAGGGCAGACAAGGUCGCGUUCUCCACAUUCAUCGCAACUUCCUUUUCGCACACAAUCGAGAACAGACGAAUGACGCCGGUGUCUUUGUCGUUCGCACAAACAAUGUCAAGACUGUUGCAGCCAAGGGUGGCAGAGUUGCCUCCGCUCAGGCUGGUCUUAUGAAGAUGAACCCAGCCCUGCAGCGACCAGGCGCUCAACAGGCUGGCGCACAAGCCAUGCCCCCACCACGCCAGAUGGGUCGUGACAGACUCAUCGGCAAGACCUGCACUAUCCGUAGAGGUCCUCACAAGGGUCUUUUGGGCAUUGUCAAAGACAGCACAGACACCCACGCACGUGUAGAGGUUCACGGUAGCAAGAAGAUUAUCUCCAUUGCCAAAGAGUUCUUGACUGUCAGAGAUCCGGUCACUGGCGCUGUCAUCCAGCAGAAUGCAGGCCAACGUCCUGGUGCACCACCAGUAGGCGGUGCUGGUGGCAGACCACCGGCAUGGGGAGGCGCAACUCCUGGUAGAUUCGGAGCUACGCCCAGAGCAUCAGAUGGUGGACGCACCCCUGCUUGGAAGCCUGCAGCUGGAGGUCGCACUCCCGCAUGGGCUGGUGCAGGUGCAGGCGGAAGAACUGCUUAUGGCGGCAACAGCGCAGCUAGCAGUGUGCCGGCAUGGCAGAGAGGAAGUGGAGGCAGCACAUCUUACGGCGGCGCAACCGCAUACGGAGGUCAAACGUCUUAUGGGGGCCAGACUUCCUAUGGAGGCAGCACUGCAUAUGGAGGCGGCACUUGGAACCCAAACACCCGCACACCCUUCCACGGUGGCGGCACAGCCUACGAGUCUGGUUCAAAAACACCGGCUUACGGUAUGGAUGCACCCACGCCUGGCUUCAACAGUGCACCCACUCCUGGUAACCUGGAUCAACCCACUCCCGGAUAUGGUCAAUACCGUACCCCAGCAGCAGCACCCACACCAGGCGCCUUCCCCGAGACCCCUGGAGCUUGGAAUGCCGAGACUCCUGCUGGCGACGGCGGUCCCGGAUAUGAUUGA